AAUAGAGCGCCGGGGAGUCCAAAGGUCCGAGUCGGGGGGCCCCUGAAACUCUUAGAGGAGGAGAGGGGAGGCGCUGAAAGGGACUCGAUACCGCCCCCCCUCCCCUCCGAAAAAAAAAAAAACGCCUGGAAGAAUUGCGCUCUGCCAGUGCGCCCUGCCUGCCAGUCGGAGGAUGGGGAUUUUUUUUCUCCAUUCAUCCACGUCCCCUUUUUUUUCCCUCCUCCUCCUCCUCCACCUCCUCCUCCUCCUCCUUUCAAACAACCUAGUCGGUCUGUCAAUGCGCUGCGAGCAUUAGGGCAAGUCAAACCAGUGGGAUUUUGAGGCAGAGAGACGGAUGAGAUAACGAACGAAGCGCUUUCCUCUGUCCGAGCAGCGACGCGUCCAGCUCUCCAAGCGAUGCGCUACACCACAUAGACGUCGAAUUCGCUCCUGGAAGGACUGAUGCUCGCAACUCGAACCGUGUUUUAUUUUUAUUUUUUUUAAAAUCACUUCACAAGUUUCGCGUCGGUCGACGUUAUUAGAGUGGACGUGCUUUUUUUUCCAGCUCUUUGGGUUGUUUCUCUCAGUUUUCUCGUGUUGUAGCUCGGACUGAUUCUUUGGAUUUAUCACCGAUUUGGAUCCUAACUUGAUUUCUUCCUCUUUUUUUUCUUCUUUUUUUUCCACCCACAUACAUAUAUAUUCUAUUUUCAAGGAUUAGAGGAUUUAAUGUUCAACCUGUUCUAUUUUUUGUUUUGUCCAAAGAGGCACAUAAGGAUUGUAAUGCGCACCGCCUGAGCCCGCCGUGCAUCAACACGUCUUUAUGAGGAUGGAGCUGUGGACGCGAGUGACAUCUUUUCCAUUUUAAACGCUUUACCUCCACAGUUUCGGCCUGAUAUCGACUGCCUCCCCGUAACCGACUGACAGUACUCCCUUUUUUGAGCCCAGCCUGACAUGUGGGAAGGCAGAUAUCCUUGCGAGAGAACAAGGUAAUGGGAGAGAAAUCACUCCGGAUCGACGCAGAGAACAAGGGAACACUGUUCGGAAAAAGACAAUUAGGGCGCACGGAACGGCAACAGAAAUAGCUCCCGGGGAGGCGAUUCGGGUUUUUUUUUUGUUGAGAAAUCUCGAUUCCGUGGAGUUACAUUUCAGCCGAGGAGUUGUUUUUUAUUUUAUUAUUCUCUCCCUGGGAAAAAGGACGACUAAUGACAAAUUAAUGGGAAAGUCAUGGGAUUGGCACUGAAAUAGCACGGCCGUGGACGCGCAGUAAAAAAAAAAAAAAAAAAAACGUCGCGAUCCAGACGCGCGGAUCGAACAAGUUUCUCCCGCACGCGUAAAAGUGUGCUUUCGGUGCGAUCCGGUACAAAUUUCGCCACAUUUCGGAUCCAUGAGGUCGCGUGCAGCGUGCUCUCCCCUCACAUUUUGACUGUCUCUCUGUACCUAUAGCCCGCUCGGCUGGAGCCGCACAUCCAUUGUUUUGAGAGUCUCUCUCCUCUGCUGCGGCGUUGAAAAAAAGAAAAGAAAGAGAGAAAGAAAGAAAGAAAGAAAAAACACACAUUCAAUCUCACCCAUUUCUUUUAAAUGGGGCUUCACGUGCUGGGUGUCAGGGUUGAGAUGGCGUGUCGGGGAAAUGGGAAUGGAUUGGUGAUCCUGCUGGUAUUCCUACUGGAUUUACUGGGGACGACGGCCAGCAACAUGGAGCCCAUCUACUGGAAUUCCUUGAACGAAAGGUUCAGGGACGACAAGGGCUACGUCCUGUACCCUCAGAUCGGGGACCGGCUGGACCUCAUCUGCCCCGCGCUGGACACCCCCAGGUCCACGCCCGAGUACGAGUUCUACAAGCUGUACCUGGUGUCGUCGCGGGAGCAGGCGGACCGCUGCGAGGUGAUGGGAGCGCCCAACAUCGUGCUCACCUGCGACGAGCCCACCCGCGAGCGUCGCUUCACCAUCAAGUUCCAGGAGUUCUCGCCGAACCUCUGGGGCCACGAGUUCAAGAGCAUGCACGACUACUACAUCAUCGCUACGUCAGAUGGGACGCGUCAAGGCCUGGAUAGCAUGAGAGGCGGAGUGUGCGCCACGCAAGGCAUGAAGGUGGUCCUGAAAGUGGGACAGAGCCCGUACGGACUCCCUCCGAAGAAGGAGCCGCCAGCGGGACGCACCACCAGCAGAAACCCAGGCGGCGCUGGGAACUCCACCCAACCCCAAAGACCGUUCGGGGACGAAGGCAGAGGUGAGAAUGGGCCCCUCCAACCCUCCAACAUCGCCCUCAUCGCCGGCGCCGCCGGAGGCUCCGCCUUCCUCCUGCUGGUCACCGCCGUCAUCUGCGCCGUGUGCUACCGGCGGCGGCACGCCAAGCACUCGGACACCCACCACCCGCCGCUGUCGCUGUCCUCCCUCACCAGCCCCAAGCGGGGGGGCGGCGGCGGCAUCACCAGCUCCAACAACAACGGCUCCGAGCCCAGCGACAUCAUCAUCCCGCUGCGGACGUCGGACUCGGCCUACUGCCCGCACUACGAGAAGGUGAGCGGGGACUACGGACACCCCGUCUACAUCGUCCAGGAGAUGCCGCCCCAGAGCCCGGCCAACAUCUACUACAAAGUAUGAGAGGGCCCGACUUGGACCGGCCUCCCUCCACCCGUCUCCAACCGACCCCCCCCGCCUCCACCCCAACGACCACACUCCCCCAAACCAAACGCUCCAAAUGAAGCCACAGCGACGCUUGCCAUCACAGCUCCAACCCUCAAACCUCCCUCAAUACUACCAGUAUUGUCCCCUGGACCCCCCCACUCAUCGCCCCCCGCCUUCCCCCCCUCCCACCCUCCACCCUCCAGGGGCCACAGUUGUGUUUCUAGCAGAACAAACCACCCCGCCCCAAAGUGUGCGUAAAAGGGCAACCGUACGUAACCCUUCUUAACGAGGCCCUCACGAAAUGGGCAACACCCCCCACCCCCUCUUCUUCUUCUCGUUAACUCACAGCUUAACGAGCCCCACCCGUGCUGAAUUGAAGAGUUGCCCCGCCCCCCCAACCCCACCCCCCGCAAAUGGAAGUGUGCUCUUUUUUUUUCUAGGAGACUUUGAGGCUUCGAUGGGACGUUUUAAAAGAAAUAAAAAUGAGAAAAAAAAAGAACUUAACAAAAGAGGAGAAAUAAAAAAAACCCUCACUUAGCACCGGAGAACUCUGAUUCGCGGAGGCCCCUAGUUCACCCCCCCCCCCCCCCACCCCGACUCCCACAUCCUCCCCAACCACCCCACCCCACCCCUCGGAGCUCCACCAUCAGCCCACCAGAGACCGGCCCCCCCCAGCCGCUAACUCAACAGUAGGAUUUCUAGUUUGUGUUAGUCCGUCUCUCCUGAGGAAUAACGAGGGGCCUCGGACUUAAAGCCAAUCAGCGCGUCCGAGCUGCGGUCACAUGACCGAGCCCGGGCCUCGAGGAGGUCCGACCAAUCGGUGACACUCAGAAUCUUGUAUAUUUUAAUAAAAGCGUGUGUGUGAUUGUGUGUGUUUGUGUGUGUGUGUGUGCGAGUGGGCAUACGGAUAAUAAUUAUGGCGCUGCUGCUCCACAUUAGACGUGUGUGUGCUUCAGUACAGCAAGUUUGCAUAUGCGCGUGUAUGUGUGUGUGUGUGUGUGUGUGUGUGUGUGUGUGCGUGGGAUUUAGUUUGUGUGUGCGCUUUGUGUGUGAGUUCUUUAGACUUGUCUUAAAUACCAAAACACAAAAUAGUGAGCGAAUAUCAAAAAAAAAAAGUGAGAUUUUUUAUCGCUAUCGACACUUAUAGAUUAUAUAUAUGAAUAUCCAGUAAAUAAUUUCUAGAUGUUUUUUUUUCUAUUAUUUCUACCCACUCUGUUGAUCUACACUUCUGUCGCUAGACUUUUUUUUUAUUAUCUGCUGUUUCCUUAAACCUUGUUUCCCCUCCCUUUCCCUUUUUAAGUUGUAUAUUAAUUUAAUCCCCAUUUUUUUUAUUUUUUUUUUUUAUCAUUUUUUUCCGGCGAACAGAGGUUGUUUCCUCUCUCAUUCACUCCCUCCCUUCCUCCUCCCUUCCUCCCUCCUUCCCUCCUUCCCUCCUUCCCUCCCUCCCUCCCCUCUAGGGUCUCUGAACUCUGUGUAUAUUUUUAUAGCUCCUUGUACUACGCCGUAGUUUUGAAGUUUAGACCUCGUUUGUGGAAGUGUUGAGGUAGAAACCAUCUAUGAAAGCUUUUUCUUUUUUUGUUGUGUUUUUUUUUUUUUUUCCAAACUCUUUUUUUUAAAUUU